AUGCUGGCCGCCACCGCCGCCUGCCGCGCGCCGGCGCGGCCGCUCCCCGCCGCGCGACCCGGCAGCAGCUACCUCCUCGGGAGCGUCCUUCUCCCCAAACGGAGAGCGCCGGCGGCGAGGAGGAGGGGACGGAGCGCGGCGGUGCGGUGCGGGCUGCUCCCCGUGGACCCGUGGGCGCCCGGCGUCGACUCCCAGAGCAUCGCGUCGCAGCUCUUCGCCGUGUCGCUGUUCCCCUACCUGGGGUUCCUCUACUUCAUGACCCGGUCCAAGACGGCGCCCGGGCUCACGCUCUUCGGCUUCUACUUCCUCCUCGCCUUCGUCGGCGCCACCAUACCUGCUGGGAUAUAUGCCAAAGUUCAUUACGGGACCUCGCUUUCAAAUGUGGAUUUGCUGCAUGGGACGGCGGAAUCGCUUCUCACCCUUACCAAUCUAUUCAUUGUGCUUGGGCUGAGGGGAGCCUUGAGGAACCUGGACAAAGCAGAGGAGAGCAGUCCUGAAGCUCCUCAGGACAGCAAGGAGAAGAGUUCAGUAUAG